CCUUGUCCUAUUGAGGCGCCAUUGAGUAUUUGUAGUCGUUGUGGUGAAUUGGCGAUUCGGCACGAGAGGCGAAGAAGGGGAACUUGGAGUAGCAGGUUGUUGAGCUUAAAAACAACGAUGGGGAAAUGUCAACGCUGUGUGCCUAACGCGGCGCCCCCCGUGUGACCUCAUCGCACGCCGGACAGAUGCGUCGGUCACGAUGACGUCGCAUCGCUGCCACACUGUGGCCGCCCUCUUCUUGCUGCUGUGCCAACUGCGCUGCCUUCUGAGCUGGUCGGAGGAUAUCCCUGCCGAGUGGGUGCUGCUCCACGUAGUCCAAGGCCAGGUGGGCGCGGGCAACUACAGCUAUCUGCGCCUCAACCACGACGGCGCUGUCAUCCUGCACAUGCUCAGCGUGACGGGCGACGCCGACCUGUACGUGUCAGACGCCACGCUGAGGCCCAGUUUUGACACUUACAAGCUACAGUCUGCCACCUGCGGGCGCGAUGCCGUGGCCGUGCCCGCCGAGUUCGCCCGGCCGGUGGGUAUCGCCGUGUACGGGCAUCCGUCGCACCGUCGUAGCGACUUUGAGAUGAGGGUCUACUAUGACCGCGGCGCCGCUCACGACCCAUUUGGCGGCGGCUCUCCAGCAGAAGAUGCCCGCAAAACGCACGGGGGCGCUGCUGAGGACAGUGACUUUGAUGAGGAGGACUCCAUGUUCUGGACAAACCUCAUCAGGCUUUUGGAGAUAAUCCUGGAAAUCCUCUUUUGAAAGAAGUGUCUUUUUUUUUUUUUUGGCAUUUGUGGCCAAAUAAACAGUUUUGGCCAUCAGUCACUACUACCACUCUUCGAUUUGGAGACACAAAACUAAAGAUGGAUAAAGUUAGAUCAUUUUGAUUUGAUUUUGAAAUCAUAAUAAACACAAUUAUUAAUUGAUUAAAAAAAUUCCUUUUUGGUCACGUCACCUCAUAGCGUUAGCCGGCAUCCAUUUGCUUCCCACUUCCUACUGUUUAAGGUGUUACCAUGACAGCCGUUGUGUUCUUUCCAUGUUGCCGACGCCCAUAUACGAGGUAUUUGGGAGCGUUCGUCUAGGUCAGGGGUCAGCAAACUCGGGCAGUUUACAUGGCGACACAAAGACGCAAUGACUGAGUAGCGGACUCGCCUCGCGUGCAUAUGGUGUCGGCAAAGACGGAAGGCGAAGACGAAAAAUUCUGAAUCCUGCCUCCAAAGUGGAAGAAUCCGAUUGCGGGGGAUUGAGGAGGGCUUCCUCAGCGUGCAUAUCAAAGGCUGCCGCGGCGCGAGACCGCACCGUUAAUGUCAGCACUCGUACACGUUACAUUGGGCGUGGGCAGCGGUGCUACUAAACAUUAAAAACAGCAAAUAUGGUGGAAUGUCGGCUUUUAAAUAUGUUGAAUGUUUCAAUUUUUGUGCCUUUUUGAACAAAAGAAAAAUUCCAUUGCUUCGAGUGGGCAGGCAUAUUUUUUUCCGGCCUGAGUGAGCUUGGUGGGGUCAAAGUGCAUCAUUCUCUGUCGCCCUGUAAAUCUGCACUGCCUCCUAGGGCCUGGCAUGAAUACUGCAUCAUUUUCAUGCGGAAUUGCGACAUUGUUCGAAUGGAGACGCAAAUGCAAAUUUGAAAUUUUUCGUAUUCUUGGAGUCACCUUGUAAACGGCCCCUUAGAUAGUACUUAUAGAGCAGUUUUGACCGUCUCACACCAAAAAAUGAUCAUACCGGGAGCUACAAAAGGCCUUUGACAUCUUAAGACCUUUUAACCUUAAAAUUUGAUCAAUUAUUAUAUUUUUAAUGAUUAAGCAUUAUUGUGUUUUUUAAAUAUAUAAUUAUCAUUAAGCUUAUAAAUUAGUACACUGUUAAUAAAAGCUCAAUUCAAAAGGAUAAAAACAGAAAUACCCCCUGGUUAUGGCUUCUAGUAACACUCUUAAGUUGACCCUCCCCCACCCCACCCCAAACAGUAUUUAAA